ACAGGGCUUCUUCACACAACACACUAGAUCAAUUACCCUUUCAAAUAGGGCUGGCUGAGGGAGGGACAUUAACAUUUCAACAGCCUGUAACACAUGAAUCCUUUUUACCUCUAACACACACACAGCAUAACUAGCAGGGAGAAUUUAAACUGAAGCAUAUCCUUCACAAUAACCUUCACUAACACACCUGAAUCCAAUCAUUUAGAGAAGCGUCCACAAAUAUUUGGCUAUACAGUGUAGUUGUGUACUUAAUUUGCUGUUUCUAUGCUGUACAUUGAUAUAUUUCUGUAAGAAAAGUUAUGUUUUGUCUCUCUCUGUACAGAAUGUUCAACACCCCUCACAAACACAGACCGGGAAACGUCUGCACAUAAUCAUAAACAAGGAUGUUCAACACCCCACACAAACAGAGACCUGGAAAUGUGCGCAGAUAAUCCUAAACAAGGAAUUUGGCAGAAACUCAAGUCAUUCAAAGUUCCUUUGCUCUAUGUUUUAAUCGGAGCACCAAUAUUUCUGAUUAUCGUUUGUGCUAUUUACGCUAUAACAGCUCUCACAGGAAAGGACCCUGCAUUUCUGGCAAUAUCAACAGGAGCAGAAUGUAAGGAUGACUGGUUCUUAUACAGGGGAAAAUGUUACUAUACCUCAGACCGGCCUGAUACAUGGACGGACAGCCAGAACUUCUGCAAAUCACACAAUUCAUCCCUGGCAAUUAUUGAUAAUGAAAGAGAAAUGAACUUUUUAAAUCUCUUGAACUCUAACAAUUACUGGAUUGGACUGAGCAGGACACAAGAUGACUCAGGCUGGGUCUGGACCAAUGGAACAUUCUACUCAGGAACACUAUUUAAUAUUACUCGAAAGCCAACAGCCUCCAAUGAAACCGAGCAUGUUUAUCUGAAUGGUAAAGGUUUUCACAGUCAUAGUGGAAGAUAUGCAAUAAAAUAUAUUUGCAGCAAGAGUGUUAGGUCAUCAUCCUGAGCACGUAUGAGAUGAUUUAAAGCAGUAUUGAAUCCAAAAUCCAAAAUUUUAUAUAUUGCAGCUUACUAAUCAUUUUUAUUUUUUUUAAUAUAGGUUUUCCAGAAAAUACAUCGUUCUCUGUAGCAUCAUAAGUACCAUACAAUUAAGUGUCAAUAUCGUGGAAGAGAUUAAACAAAGGACAGAUGUGGACCACAAAAUUAUGUGUAGCACCCUGAUGUCUAGGCAGGAUUGCUCCUAAAUUUACCUGCCAGGUGUUAGUUGCCUUGGCCAAUUGUUAGGGAUCAAUUGAGUUCACCUCUGGAAUUGCUGCACUGCUCUCUUCUGUCGCUGGGUGGCCAGGUACCUGGUGACAUUGGAUAAGAUAAGGGUGAUGCAAGGACAUAUUAGGAGUAUAUGGGGUGUCACAGCCAAAGGGCAGGGGUUUUCUUGGCCCCUUGGCCUGCUGGGAGAACCUAUAUAUUUGGGUGGAGUCAGGUGACCUGGACGGCUGUCUGAGUGGACAUGUGUUGUGCUGCUAGGAUGGAAUUUGGGCCUAUCCUGGGCACAUCUGGCUACUAGGCUGUCUGAGGGCCUAUACCAGGGAUAUGCAAUUAGCGGACCUCC